CAUUCACAGAAGAAGAGAAGAAAACCCUAGUCCAUCGAAAGCUGUCGUCGUCACACAUUUGCCGGAGGUAGCGCCGAUUCAGUCGUCAAAGCAACUAUGGGCAAGGUUCACGGUUCCUUGGCUCGUGCCGGUAAGGUGAGAGGACAGACACCUAAAGUCGCUAAGCAGGACAAGAAGAAGAAGCCACGUGGUCGUGCCCACAAGCGUCUUCAGCACAACCGCCGUUUCGUCACCGCCGUUGUUGGAUUUGGCAAGAAGAGAGGACCCAACUCUUCUGAGAAAUAGAUGAUGAACGCAUUGGAGCUGAAGUUUUGAGUUUUUUUUUUUCCAAAAAAUAUCGUACUUGUUUAAUGUUGUAAGACUGCAAUUUUCUCAAUCAAAUUGACUUUUUUGAUAA